CAGACGGACGGACGGAUGAGCGAGCGGUCUGACAGAAGUAUGUAUUGAGACUAGCUAUAUAAGCGCAACACAGAGAAAUAUCAGUCUCUCCCAUCGAUCAGCCAUCACGACAGCUAGUUUUUAAAAAUUAUCACGAAUUAAUCGAACGCCAUCCAGAGUGAAAACAAGACCAUCUAGCAUCAUGCCAGGUAAUAAGAAAAGGAAAGUGGCUGUUCAAGCAACUACCGGGAGAGCGAAGAGGAGGAUCGCCCAGCCGGCGCGAUAUCGAUCGACUUCGGAGCCGCAGCCGCGUGAAGCACGGAUCGAAAUUGAGGGACAAAGGAGGACAGAAAAAGAUGACGGCGUGAGAGAGGAAGAACGGAUCGAGGUGGAUCGAAGAGCCCGGGGCGGGGAAACUUCCAUCCAGUUUGAAACUGGCGCCGGCCGACAUGGGACAACGGUGGGACAAGUUCCGGAAGCUGACACCAGAAGCCGACUGGAUUCCCGCCAAGAUACCUCCACAGGUAGGCAUGAAGUGUGGAUUAUAGGAUCGUCAAUUGUACAUUGGGCGGGAAUCCAGGCGCAAACCAGACCAGGUGGAGGUAACCUAGGGUUACAACAGGCGGGUAUAUGCAUAAAAUGGUAUGGGAAUAGGGGAAUGCGGUGGUCGCAGUUGGAUCAGUUUAUCUUGGGCAAGUUGCAACAUCAAACCCCACCUAAUUCCAUGAUCUUGCAACUGGGGUCCAAUGAUAUGGUUACGGUAAAAAACAGGGUCCUUAUCCAGGAGAUUACUUGUUCAGUUUUGAGACUGAGGUCACUACUUCCCUCUGUAAGGAUCAUUUGGUCGAAUAUGUUGCCGCGCCUCUACUGGCAUGGAGCGGAACAUCCAAAGCAGGUGGACAAAGCUCGGAAAAGGGUAAACGGUGCAGUAAAAGCACUGGUCCUUGCAGAGGGGGGGGCAGUGAUUGGGCACCCCGCUGUGACCGUAAAAGAGUUGGAGUUGUUCAGGAAUGAUGGAGUGCAUCUGUCGAGCAAAGGAAAUGGGGUGUACCUGGAUGGAAUGCGGGGUGCCGUGAAAAGCGUUGCUCUUGGGAGGGGGAAAGGGAAUCAUUCGCUCAACGACUGUGGUAGAGAGAAGACGUAUGCUCCAGAUAUUCACACUAUGGCUUUGGGGUAUUCGAGCAGUGUUAGUAGCAACACCAGUAGUGACGAGGACGACGUGUUGAUCUUGAAAUGUUCAGAAAGACAUACAAUCAAAUGUAAAAGUGUGACUACCAAACACGAUGAGAAGAAGAGUACUCAUUAUAUAGAUCAAACGGAUGCUACACGUGAAAUUGGGGAUAGAAUUGAAGAUGGUGAACUCGUUGAUGAAUCUACAGAUCAGACGAAUGUUGGUCGUGAAUACGAAACAGAUCCUGACUAUGAUGUUUCCUACGAUGAAGACGAAUGA